AAAUAGUUCUUACGUUCUGAAAUUUUAUUCAGAGUUGAUGAUUGUAAUGUUUUUAUUAACUAGUGACAUUAGCAUUUAUUUAAUUUUUAGACUCUAAACCUAUUAAGUUUAGCCGUGAAUGAGUAAAAAUACAACGUUGAAAUAUAAACUGGAUGAGCAAAGCAGAUAUUGACUGUUUAAAAAAUUCCUCAAAUUAUGUGUCUGUUAUAUCGUAUGAAGAAAAUCUCCACAUCGGUAUUAAUGAAGACUUAAAAACACAGCGAAAUCAAGGGUUGGCUUUACAUUUCUGCAGUACUUGUGACUAUUCAACAUGGAAUAAAGCCCAUUUAAAACGGCAUAUGGCUGUUCAUACUGGGGAAAAGCCAUUUGCCUGUCCUGUAUGUGGAAGAAGGUUUAGUUUGAAAUGGAAUAUGAAAUCUCAUAUGGUCACAACAGUGUAUUGAAAUAUGUUUAUAAUAUUGAAGCAGAUACUGAUAUGCAAGCCAAUAGAUUCAAAAAUGCAAAACUUCAUUUCUGUGCUUAUUGUGUAAACAGUAUAUUAAAAUCUUUCAGGAUUAUUGAAGCUCAAAAUAAUUUGCAAGGUGUUAAAGUGUGUGAUUCUAUGAGAGCAAAAUUUCACUUUUGUUCUUAUUGUGAUUAUUCUACUUGCUAUUCCUCCCACUUAAAAGGACAUUUGAGAAUUCAUACUGGUGAACGCCCAUUUAAAUGUUUAAAGUGCAACAAAGCUUUUACUCACAAACACCAUUUACAGAGUCACCUCUUUACUCAUCAAUCUAAAAAAAUUUAAUUUUUUUAUUGUAAUGAAUAAGUUAUAUAAUUACUUUUUUCCUUUGCUGUGAUACUGUAUUUUGAUUAAUAUUUGUUUUUAUUUUGUUUCUAUUUUAUAAGCUUUAAAUUUUAAAAUUUCAAUUUCUCACCUCUAGAAAUUGUAAUAUCUAUACUAAGGAUAUUUGCAUGGAUGUUAUCUAUGACUAUUAAAUUAUCUAUCUAUGGCCAUGUUAUCUAUUACUAUGUUAUCUAUGAUCAUUGACACAAUGUUUUUUCCUCACAAAUAUCAUUUAAUAAUUCAUCAGUCUUAUAAAAAAAAAUUCAACUUUUUUAAGGAAUGAGUUUAUCACUUUUUGUUUGCUAUGAUGUUAAAUUUUGAUUAAUUUCUUCACUUUUAUGAAAAUUUUUUGUCACAUGGAGCACAUUUUAGAAUUAAUUAUAUUCAACAAAGUUUCUUUGCUUAAUUUUAAAUGGUAUAUACAACUGCAGCCAAAUUUAUGAAAAUUUCUCUUAUUUUAUGUGUAAAAAGUGUUUUAAAAUUUUAUCCUGCAGUGAACUUAUCGUAAAGACAGUAGAAUACUGAAGUCAAGCAUUCCUAACUCGAGGUUUUAUUGUUAAUUUUUUUUCAUAAUGGCUUGCACUGAACAAGGUUUUGUGAUAGAUAUGUUGCUAACUGCUGGUUUCAAUUGUUAACGAACUAAAACUAUUAUUAAGAAAUAAAUAAGAAAGAAACACUUGCAAUGUAGCUCUCUUAUAUAAAGGAAUAAUUUAAUAUGCACCAUCUUAUUAUCACAUAGAAUUUAUAAGCAGUUAUCCACAUUUGAAUGUGCAUUCAGUUGUGAUGUGUUUCAGUACUUAACUUUUAUAUUCAUGAUACAUUGGUAAUAGUUUGGGAUCCUAAAAUAUGUUGUGUUGUAACGAAUUCUAAUGUUGUGUAUGCAUUUCAAAUUAUUAUUAGUCAUAAUUUUUUCAUGCUAAUCAUUCUUUGGGAAUUUUUUUUGUUUUUUUUUUAACAUUCUGUAAAAAAAGUGCAGAUUGGUAUCAUUCAUGAUUCAAUUGUUAACGAAUUUUGAAAUACAUUAAAUUGAAGAAGAGAAGAAAUUUUUCUCAAAAUCUUGUAAUGAAAAUUUAAAUAUCAAUUUGAUGUAUAGGUUAAAAGUGUUCUAUUUAAGAAAUAAAGUAUUGUUACAAAUUUU